AUGGCCAUGGUGAUACACGAGGCACCACGCACACCCACUGGAAGCCCGCAGGAGCUAGACCCCAGAACCGUGGAGGAAUCAAGGGCGGAACCUGUGGAAGAAAUAGAGGAGGUUGAAGUAAUGGAGGAAUCGUUGAGAAAAUUGAAGGUAGGAAAAAGUCUUCAGAAUGACGUGAAGGAGAGGCUGAUAAGGUUUUUGGAGGAUAACCUAGAUGAGCACUUGGGGAAGCCACCCCUGUUGGAAAAACCUGAAAAGGGUGAAAAGCUAUACUUGUACUUGGCAGUGUCCGAACAUGCCGUAAGCGCGGCUUUGGUUAAAGGGGAGAAGAAGCAUCAACGACCCGUGUACUAUAUCAGCAAGCGGCUGGCGGACGCGGAGAAUCGAUACCCUGAGAUUGAGAAGUUGGCAUAUGCAUUAGUGGUGGCUUCAAGGAAGUUAAGACCCUACUUCCAUGCUCAUGCAAUCGAAGUUCUCACUAAUAGUCCCCUGAGACAGCCGAGUGAAGGAAGAAGUGAAGAAGAGGGGCAGUCAGUUGCAGAAAGGGAGACAAGGAGUUUUGAGGGAUGGAGCCUGCAUGUGGAUGGGGCAUCCAACGAAGGAGGAUCUGGAGCAGGCAUCAUGAUGACUGGACCCGAAGGACUGAGGAUGUACUACGCAAUACGGUUUGGAUUCGAAGCCUCGAACAAUGAGGCAGAGUAUGAAGCGCUUCUGGCAGGACUGCGAUUGGCCCAGGGGUUGAAGGUAACACAUCUACACAUCUAUAGUGAUUCACAGUUGGUGGUAUUCCAGGUGAAAGGGGAGUACCAAGCGAGGGGACCCAAGAUGGCUACAUACUUGGAAAGGGUAAGAAGUUAUUUGGAGCAAUUGGUGGAAUAUAGCAUAGAGCAGAUCCCGAGAGAGAAGAAUACCCAUGCUGAUGCCCUCGCGAAGCUGGCUUCCACUAGAGAUGGAGAUACCCUCGAAUCAGUGCCUGUAGAAUACUUACCAAGGCCAAGCAUUGCCAAUCCAGACGUUCACAUGGUCAACGCCCCGAAGGAGUCAUGGGCUAGCCCGAUUAUAGACUAUCUGAAGGAUGGAGUGGUGCCAACAGACAAGAGGGAGGCUAGGAGACUAGUUUACAAGGCAGCCCGAUACAGCUUGGUAGAUGGGGUCCUGUACAAAAGGGGGUUUUCUGUGCCACUCUUGCGGUGUGUUGAUGAGGAAGAAGCUAUGAAGGUGCUGUAUGAAAUCCAUGAGGGUGAAUGUGGCAACCAUGCAAGUGGACCAUCCACGGCUCGGAAAGCCAUGAGGCAAGGGUACUACUGGCCUUCCAUGGAGAGAGAUGCUAAUGAUUUCGCAAGGAAAUGUGACAAAUGCCGAAGGCAUGCGAACUACCCCCAAAUGACUUGA